AUGUCUACUAUUGCAUCAGGAAUACCAAUCCCUCAAGCUAAACCGGAGCUUGCGGAGAACGUAAUGGACCUGUUCUCAUUGAAGGGCAAAGUUGCAUCGGUGACAGGUGCCUCGGGCGGUAUUGGCUAUGAAGUGGCAGUGGGGUUUGCUCAGGCCGGUGCGGAUGUGGCAAUGUGGUACAACUCCAAUCCCGCGAUUGAGAAAGAGGUCGAGGGGCUGUCGAAGAAGUACGGCGUCACGGUCAAGGCAUACCAGUGCUCGCUGACUGAUGGAGAGCAGGUCUCAAAGACAAUCCAACAGAUCGAGAGCGAUUUCGGGAAAAUCGAUAUAAUGGUGGCUAACGCCGGUGUGGCAUGGGCAUACGGACCACUGCUGGAUCUCGCCGAAGAGGACUCGGAGAAGUGCGACUAUGAAUGGAAACGAAUGAUGGACAUCGAUGUGAACAGCGUGUACUACGUCGCCAAGAACGUUGGCAGUGUGUUCAAGAAGCAGGGAUUCGGGUCAUUUGUCAUCACAGCGUCAAUGUCUGGUCACAUUGCCAAUGUCCCGAAGUUACAAGUAGCGUAUAACACAGCAAAAGCCGCCUUGAUUCACAUGGGCAGAUCGCUGGCGUUGGAGUGGGCGGGGUUUGCUCGUGUCAACACCGUUUCACCCGGUUACGUUGAAACUCCGUUGACAGCAUCCCGUGCCCCGGAACUGAAGCAGCAAUGGCGUACUCUUGUUCCAAUGGGACGUCUGGCUUAUCCCAAGGAAAUGGUUGGUGCCUACCUCUACCUAGCUUCUGAUGCUGCGACCUACACAACCGGUACUGACAUAAUCGUUGAUGGUGGCUACUGCUGUGCCUAA